CCAUGCACAUGCAGCCCUAUAGCCUCUGGUGCGAGCCACUGAAUCUGUUGAAGUUAAGGCCCCGUUUUCGUGCUAAGUGACAAAACUGCGAAGUCCCCUCCACUCAUCUUCCACCACCCCAGCAGAACCUGUCGAUUAGUUGUCAUCCGCUGGCCGCCUUGAAGGAUUUAUUAUUUUUUCCUCCUUUCAUCAACCACAAUACUCUCUGCUUCCUGAACAUAUUUGUCCACACACCGACUCUCCCAACACAUCUGAAAACAUGAACGGCGAUACCACCGACAGCGGUCCCGAGAUCGAUCUCUACGAGAUCCUCGGCGUCCCCAGAGAUGCCUCCCAAGCCGAUAUCCGCAAAGCAUAUAGAAAAGCGGCUCUUGCCAGCCACCCCGACAAAGUGCCGCCCGAAGAACGGGAAGAGGCAGAGGCCCGUUUCAAAGCCGCCUCCCAGGCCUACGAAAUCCUUUACGAUGACGAGAAGCGACAUCUCUACGAUGCCCAUGGCAUGGCGGCCUUCGAUGGGUCCCGCGGCCCCGGCAUGGGUGGGGAGGUGAACAUGGAAGAUAUCCUCAACAUGUUCGGCAUGGGCGGUGGGAUCCCGGGGAUGGGCAUGCCAGGGAUGGGAGGCCGCAAAAUGCGACGAAGUCCCGAUGAAAAUCAGAAAUACGAAGUCACACUGGAAGAUUUGUACAAGGGCAAGACUGUCAAGUUCUCAUCCACCAAGAACGUCAUCUGUUCGAAAUGCAAGGGUACGGGUGGUGUCGAGAAGGCGCAGGCGAAAGAGUGCUCCGCCUGCAAGGGGCAGGGCGUCAAACAGGUCCUGAGUCAAGUGGGGCCGGGCAUGUUGACCCAGCGCAUGGUUGAAUGCGGUGCCUGCGAGGGCACAGGGCAAGUGUUCAACCCGAAGGACAAAUGCAAGAAAUGCAAGGGUAAGCGGGUCACGGAGGAGAAGAAGCAACUCGAGCUCUAUAUCCCCCGCGGCGCUCGGGAGGGAGAUCAAAUCAGACUCGAGGGCGAGGCGGAUCAGGUUCCUGGAGCAGAACAGACUGGAGACAUCGUUUUCCACCUGGUCGAGCAGCCUCAUGAGGUGUUCCAGCGUACGGGCAACGAUCUCAGUGCCAAACUCGACAUCACCCUCGCCGAGGCGCUGACCGGCUUCCACCGCGUGGUCCUCAAACACCUUGACGGCCGGGGCAUCGAGCUCAACCAUCCACAAGAACCAGGCCAAAUUCUCCGCCCCGGUGAAGUUCUCAAGAUCCGCGGCGAAGGAAUGCCCCUCAAGAAGUCCGAUGCAAAGGGCGAUCUCUACCUCGUCGUCGAGAUCGGCUUCCCCGAAGAUGGAUUCUUCCUCGACAAGCCCGAGGCGUUGGAGCAACUGCAGAAACUCCUCCCGGCCCCCGAGCCGCCGAUCGAGGCCGAGGAAGCCGACGAGGUCAGUUUCGAGGUGGCAGACAUUGACGAGAUCGGCGGCCAGGAGGCACAAGAGGCGUGGGAGGAUGAAGAUGGUCCGCACGGUGCGCAGUGCCAGACUCAGUAAAAAUUUGCGGGUUCCCGGGAUGUCAUCGGCUAGUUGGACGAACGCGAUACGAUGUUAUGAUUCAAAGACAUCCAGAAACGAGGGAUGGUGGAAAGCAAAGCAUUAGACGGCGUUUUCCAUGCUGGGUUUCUGGGGAAGCAUUGCACCGGCGUUUUGGUGGAAAUGACGGAAUGGAACUUGCUCUUGGGAGGGAGAUGCCAAUGCUCUCUUAUGCUGAGAGGCGGCUUCGCAUCCGUGCUUCCUGGCUUCGACUUGAUCCGACUCGGUUCUCAUUCUGAUCGAACUAUCAUGUUGUUGGAUGGUGGUUGCGGCUGGGAGGCCGAAUCUUCCUGGGUCCACAGUAUUGGAUCUCUCAAAGCUGAAAUAUAUAUUUCCUCUAUGUGAACAAGUCUUAGAACAUGAACAUUGCUCCACUUUCUCCAUGCAAAGGGAUCUUGAUGUCCAAC